AUAAUGCUGUAGAUCCCGAUGUAUCUGCCAGGACGGUCUUCAUAGAUGUUGAGGAGGUCAAGAAUAAACCUUGUUUGACCUUUACGGAUGAUGGGUGUGGGAUGACGCCUCACAAACUCCACCGAAUGCUCAGCUUUGGCUUUACAGAUAAAGUAAUAAAGAAGAGCCAGUGUCCCAUCGGGGUCUUUGGUAAUGGUUUCAAGUCGGGUUCCAUGCGGCUAGGAAAAGAUGCUCUUGUCUUCACCAAGAAUGGGUGUACUCUCACAGUUGGACUUCUGUCACAGAGCUACCUGGAGUGUAUCCAGGCGCAGGCAGUUAUUGUACCAGUUGCCCCAUUCAGCCAGCAAAGCAAAAAAAUGAUUGUUACUGAAGAUUCUUUGCCCAGCCUAGAAGCCAUCUUGAACUAUUCAAUUUUCAACAGUGAAAAAGACCUGCUAUCUCAGUUCGAUGCCAUCCCAGGCAAAAAAGGCACACGUGUUCUCAUUUGGAAUGUCCGGAGAAACAAAGAUGGAAAAUCUGAGCUGGACUUUGAUACAGAUCAAUAUGAUAUCCUGGUAUCAGACUUUGGUGCUGAAGAAAAAGAGAUUGGUGGUGUUACCUCUGAGUUGCCAGAAACAGAGUAUUCCUUACGGGCGUUUUGUAGUAUUCUGUAUAUGAAGCCCCGGAUGAAGAUUUUUCUGCGGCAAAAGAAGGUGACUACCCAGAUGAUUGCUAAGAGCCUUGCCGAUGUGGAGCAUGAUGUAUAUAAGUCUCCCUUCACAAAUAAGCAGGUGAAAAUCACGUUUGGAUUCUCUUGCAAGUAUCAUAACCAGUUUGGAGUAAUGAUGUAUCAUAACAACCGCCUUAUUAAGGCCUUUGAGAAGGUGGGCUGCCAGUUAAAGCCAACUUGUGGAGAAGGUGUGGGAGUAAUUGGAGUCGUUGAGUGCAAUUUCCUAAAACCUGCCUACAACAAACAAGACUUUGAGUACACCAAGGAAUACCGGUCGAUAAUAAAUGCUCUUACCCAGAAGCUCAAUGCCUAUUGGAAGGAAAAAACAUCUCAAGAGAAUUUUGACACCAUACUUACAUCCAGGAAGAUUCCUGACCAGACAUGGGUACAGUGCGAUGAAUGUCUUAAGUGGAGGAAACUUCCUGGAAAGGUGGAUCCAUGCACAUUACCUGCAAGAUGGUUUUGUUACUAUAAUCCCCAUCCAAAAUACAGGAGAUGCUCUGUUCCGGAAGAACAAGAACGCAUUGAUGAAGACUUAUACCUGAGCAAGGCUAAGCAACAAGAAGAAACUGUUGAGAAGAAGCAGAAGGCUGUGGAAAGUGACAAGCACCAGGUCCUCAGUAAUCCAACAAAGAGUCCUGCUACACAAGAUAUGGCUGAACUAAAUGACAAGACAAUUGGAUAUGAGCAAAUCAAUACCCCUAAUUUGCUUCCAUCUGUUAGAGAAGAAAACAAAUCACCUCUUCAACUUAAGUCUCUGGAUUCCAGUGUUUUUCAGUUUUCCAGUAAGUACAAGUUGAUCCUGGGUGAUGAGCCUGUGGAGAAACGAAGGAGAUUCCAAACUGACAUGACACCGUCUCCUAUAGACUAUUCCAUCUCCAGUCCUUACAGGAGGGUAGACGCAGCUGUUGCCUACCCAGAUGGAGAAAACAGCCAUGAUAAAUCCAGUUCUGAGCGAAGUACACCACCAUACCUCUUACCAGAAUACCCAGAAGCAAACAAGAAUACAGGACAGAACAGGGAAGCUCCAGCACUUUGUCCAGGGUCCCAGGACCAAGACCAGGAAUCCCUGCUUCCUGAAGAAUUAGAAGAUCAGAUGCCAAGAUUGGUAGCAGAAGAAUCUAACAGAAGUAUCGAAAACAUAAACAAAGAAGUGAAUAAAGGGCCUUUUGUGGCUGUAGUCGGUGUUGCAAAGGGACUUACAGAUUCAGGAGCUCCCAUCCAGCUGAUCCCUUUCAACAGGGAGGAGUUUGUAGGGAGAAGAAAGGCAGCAGAAUCAUGGAACCCAAAUCCUUAUUCUGUGGCCCCUGCCACAGCCACUCCAGGGAAAGGAAAGGGCUGCCAGGAGAGCGGAGGUCGUAACAUGCCAAAGAUAAAGAAUCAGAAAGAACUGGAAGAAUUGAAGAGAACCACGGAAAAACUGGAACGUGUUUUGGCUGAAAGGAAUUUGUUCCAGCAAAAGGUGGAGGAGCUGGAACAGGAGAAGAACCAUUGGCAUUCUGAAUUUAAGAAAGCUCAGCAUGAGUUGGUGACCUAUAGUACCCAGGAGACAGAAGGCUUAUACUGGAGCAAGAAGCACAUGGGUUAUCGCCAAGCUGAAUUCCAGAUUCUAAAAGCCGAGCUAGAAAGAACCAAAGAGGAGAAGCAAGAACUGAAAGAGAAACUUAAAGAGACAGAGACACACCUGGAAGUACUGCAGAAGGCCCAGGCCUCCUACCGGAACGCAGAGGGAGAUGACCUAGAAAGUCCUCGCUUUCUUUUCUCUUCUCUGCCUGUGUUCUGUAUGCCCUCCCCUAUCUACUCUCUGCUGCUUUUUCCCCUUUUCCCUUCUGAUCCAUCCCCAGCCUCUUUCUUUCUCUCACCUGUAUGCCUUAUAUCGAGAAUCCUUGAAUAAGUUCUGGUUCUUAAUCAGUGUGCUGCACAUUCAGUGUGGGUAUGGAGAAAGAGGCCCUUUAAAUAGCCUUUGAAGAGGCCAGGAAAGCAAUGGUCACCAAGUUAGAUGACCCGAAAGCUUUAAUUUUCGUGAUCUAGAUAGUUGGCCUAUUUCAUGUUCUGAUGGUAGUUCAUAUUCAUUUAGGUUAAAUCUGUCAGCAAGUGUUGGGUCCAAUGUACCUGGUGGGAUAAAUGAUGCUUGUAGCCCAGCCAAGGUGCUGACAAGAAGUCAGAAGCACAAGUGACAGCAAGUUAACUGACUAUACAAAGAAGUGUAUGGUGUGUAUGAGUGGUAUAAACAUGACGUAGAAGAUAAAGGAGAGCAAUUUAAAGGAAGGCAGUACACCCUAAGUGGGACUAAAUGGAGCUUUAAAGAGUGAACAUGACAACACUCUCAGAGAUGGUUGUUGAAGUGGUAGGAUUAUGGUCGAUAGUUUUUCUUCUUCCUAUCUUCUUGCCCUUUUCAAAUUUUCUAUAACAGUCUUGUUAUUCUUCUUACAUCGGAAAAUAAAUUGUUUUGAAAGCUAACAAGUAGGCUUGAAUUUGGGUGUCAAAUGAGACAUUUAUGAAAGUAUAAAGUCAUUUUACAUUUAUAGCUUAAGUUGAGUUUAACAUUGCCUCUGGAGAGACAGUGUAAGCAAAUGUGCAAAAAAUCCAGAAUGUGAAAAAUGUGUUUGGUAAGAGUGACAGGUUAGUGUAAAAGGAACCCACCAACCAACUCACUAAUUCGCCAUGGUGUUUUUAUUUUAAUAACAGAUACGUGAAAAUAAAUAUAUAAGGAUCAAAGUUUGUAUGUAUCACCAUAUUGUUAAAUUUCAGGUAUUGGGGAAAUAUUUUAGAUUAGAAAUAUUUACUUGCUGUCCCUUGCAGUACAAACUUUCUAGGCUUUACAGAGUGAGAGGAAGACCUCAGAGUACAGAAAUAGUACAUCUUAUACUUAUGUAAAGAAGGUGUUUUAUGAAUCCAUUGCUUUAUUAUUUUUCUGUAGCUAUAGUUGAAGGUAUUCCUGAAACGUCAUUGUACAGUGAAAUAUAUAUAUAUAUAUAUAUGUACAUAUAUAUGCAUACACACACCUACCUAUGUAUAUGUGUGUCUCAGCAUUGAGAACUAGGAAAUAGAGGAUAGGAAUAAUAAACAGAAGGGGAAUCCACCAGCAGUAAAAGGAUUCUCUAGUACAGACAAAACAUUUUGGAUAAUCGUUCUGUUUUCCUCAGUAUGUUUACUUCAGACUGUCCCAGGGAUACUUUACCUCCUUUGAAGGGAGGCCCAUCAUAAAUAGAUAUCCCUGUGAGUCUGAAGAAUAUGGAGAGGCCAUAGCCAGGCUUCACCAUUAGAAUAGUACUUAAUCACACCCCUGCUCCUACCACUCUACCUCAUCCCAGCUCUAGCAUACUGCAUCAUUAACUUCCAUGUUCGCCAUUUGCAUCAGUCUAUCCAAGGCCUCGGUUGUCUAAAUGGGAUUAUUAACAAGGGAAGGAUAACGCAUGUGAUUAUGUUCUGUGAUACUUGUUUGUCAGACAGGGACUGGGAGGGGUGGGAUUUUGCAUAGAUAAGAAUAAUAUGAAUAGGAGAGGAGGGAUUUUAGUGAAUGGAAAGUUUAAUCUGUGUAGCUGUUUGUUGGAUGAGUGGGGGAAGGCAGAUAAUGGAGCUCAAAAGGGGAAGAAAGAUUGAAAACUUAACUCAUCUUUACCGGUGUUUCCUGUCUGCACAAACUCCCUGGUUCAUGUCCUGUCAGCCUGUGGUUUUGAACCCACCCUGCUUCUUCCAGCAACACUCACCUGUGUUAGUCUAUCCGCUCCAGUAAUGGAGCUAUUACUUUGUUACCUAUUUACCCUGACAUCAUACAAAUGUCCCACCAGAACCCCUGGCUAUGUAUACUUGGUUUCAGCAGCCUUUUAUCAUUUGCACUUCUCUGGCUCACUUGGUUUCCUACUGGAAGCAUGUCAAGCUGUCAACUAACUUCAGAGGCUACACUAGUACUCUGCCCUCUGAAACAUUCUUUAACCUUACCACAAUAAAAGGAUUCUCUAGUUCCAUACAUAAUGCUUUGAAAGGUGACCCAUCAUCGAUAAAUACUCAUGUGAGUCUUGAAUUUGUGUUAAAUAGUACUGUGGAAAGACUGGAGUGUUGCCCAUCCUUACCAGAAGCCAUGCUCUAGCAUGAAAACAGGUACUACCAAUAAAGAAAACAAAGAGUCCUCCCACUGGCUUUCCUCUGAGAUUAACAUGAAUCUUGCAAAUGUUUCCCUUUAACGUGCCACAGUUAGCAUGUAGGUACUUGUCAUGGCAUUCCUUGAAGAUUGAAAUUGAUUAAUUGGCCUCCCUCUUCUCCUAUUCUCAUUACUCAAUGCGCACUUCUUAAUAUCACCCAAUAGCUCUAGACAACUUCAUCAGGUAAUGUCUCUGCUCACAGAUUUGCUAUUACCCUCUUAUGGCCACAAAAUGUUACUCAAAUUCUUUAGCAUGAUCCUCAAGCCCUGUGUUGUGUGGUGUACCUUCUGCUAUACAUUCAUCUUCCAGCAAGCCAAACACAAGCUUCUACUCCACCCACAAUGAGCUCCUUUUCAAUUUCUGAAUGCACCUUAAGAUUUUUGGCCUCUGCCUUUGCUAGUCCACUUCUGGAAUGUUCUCCUUAAUCAUCUUUCCUUUGGUUCAAAUGCCAACUUAUUUCUGAAAAUUCCUCUAACCUGGGAAGGCAUGAAAUUUUUCUUUGAACAUUUAAGCCUUGUGUCAUUUAUAAGACUUGUGUCAGAAACUUUCUGAUCCUGCUUUCCCUAUUAGAAAGCUCCAGAUUGAUAUUCAACUGCCUACUUAACAUUUACACUUAUAUGUCUCGCAGACGUUUCAAGUAAAUCAUGCUAAAAAUAAGCAGCAACAUACCCCAGGAUUUUUCCUCCCCCACAGUUUUCUUCAUGUUAGAAAAUGGCACUUCCUGCCACCCAGUUGCUUAAGCUAGAAACCUGGAAGUCAUCCUUAAUUCCUCAUCUCGUUCCCUACAUCCAGUCUGUCUGUUGUUUCUAUUUCCAAAGCAUAAUCUUGACUCUACUAGCUUUUACCACAACCUUAGUCUAAACUCACAUCGUUCCUUUGCUUGGAUCACAAUGAGACCUUGGAUCCUCUCUUGUGCUCACAAUUGUCUUAUCACUAGAUGUAGUGUUUUUAAAAAAUAAAAUACAAGUCAAAUCAUGUGACUCUGCUUAAAGGCAAUAACCCACUUUCAUUUCAUUUAGAGUAAAACUUAGCCCUGUUACAAUGUCCUACAAGACCCCUGCCUACCUCUUAAUUUGUCUCAGUGAUCUUUCAUCAUUUACCACUUCACAUAAGCACCCCCAUGUACACUUGGCUUCUGGCUGAAACAUAUCAAGCUCCCACUUAAGCUCAGAGCCCUCACCUAGAUUGUGCCUUCUCCCAUUCUGUCUUGCUAGAACGCUGUGUUUCCAGUCUUGGCAUGGUUCACUCUUCUGGCUUCUCUCUUCCUCCUAGAUAAGCCUUGUGUUUUUCUCUAUUUCUAUCAUAUUAGCUUCCCACAGUUUCCUUGUUUUGUUUCUAGUUCAUUACAAGGUUAUAUACCUGCGUAUUUUCAUUCAUUCAACAAAUAUUCAUUGGGCACCUACUAUGUGCUGAGUGAUACCCAGUGGUGAAUAUAACACACAUUGUUCUUAUAUAGCUGUUUUAAUAAGUUCAUUAAGGUCAUGCUUGGUUUGCUAACCGCUGUAUCCUACUGCUUAUCAUAGUACCUGGGAUAUAGUAAAUAAGCAAUAAAUGAUUCUUAAUGGUUUAAUGA